AGUAAAGCAAGUCUUGAGUUUUACAAAUCUCAACUGUUUGAUUCUGUGGUUCAUAAAUCAUACACUUGAAUCUUUUACUUCUUACAUAUCUCAAACUGUUUGUUUCUGUCGUUCAUAAAUCAUACACUUGAAUCUUUUACUUCCUUAAAAUGAGAAGUAUACCAUUUCGUAACCUCCUAAUUAUAAGAUCUUUCAUGUCCCUCUACGUUGCGUUACUGUUAUUCUUCUCUUGUUACAAUCUUCUUUGUGUUCCUUCACUUGCAACUGCUACACCGGCAACUGUAGCAUCUGUUACACCGGCAGCUGUAGCAUCUGCUCUUCUGAAAUGGAAAGCCAGCCUUGAUAAACAAAGCCAAUCAGUUGUCUCAUCAUGGGUUGGAAGCAACCCAUGCCAUAACAAUUGGACCGGUAUCAUUUGCAGUAACGGCACGGCAGCUGCAGUAACAGGCAUCCGUGUGCUAAGUGUAAACUUAACAGGUACACUUGAUGAUCUUGACACAUGGCCACUACGAAAUCUUGAUACUUUUGAUCUUGCAUAUAACAUGCUCUAUGGCUCCAUUCCUUCCAGCAUUGGGAACAUGUCUAAUCUUAGAUAUUUAUCUCUGGGCAACAAUAAAUUCUCAGGGCAAAUUCCAUCAGAGAUAGGAAGGUUAAAAUCUUUGGGUGUACUUUUAUUGAACACUAACAAUCUUACUGGUCAUAUCCCAUAUAGCAUAGGUAACCUCAUAAACUUAGUUUCUCUUCAGCUGAAUGAUAACCAUCUUAAUGGUCACAUCCCCAAUAGCAUAGGUAACCUCACAGACUUAGAAGACCUUGUUUUGAAUAAAAAUAAUCUUACGGGACAUAUUCCAAAUAACAUAGGUAACUACGUACACUUAAGUACCCUUAGUUUGCACAGCAACAGUCUUACUGGUCAUAUCCCAUACAGCAUAGGUAACCUCACAAGCUUAACUGGCAUUUAUCUGUUCAGUAACCGUCUUAGCGGUCGUAUCCCAAGUAGCAUAUGUAACCUCAAAAUAUUAGUUGUCCUUGACUUACAUGAUGUUGAACUUGAGGGACCCAUCCCUCAAGAAAUCGGGACACUGAGCUUGGUCCAAAACAUUGACUUCUCUUCUAAUCAUCUUACUGGAGCCAUUCCUUCUUCAAUAGGAAACUUGACCUAUCUCUAUUUCCUUUAUCUGUAUAGUAAUGAACUUUCUGGGUCCAUUCCAUCUGAACUUGCUGCUGCUCGGGAUCUCAUAGAUCUUGAGAUUGGUAGGAACCAUAUCAGUGGUACCAUUCCAGUUACCUUCCAAAACUUCAGUAGGCUAGGAAGGAUGUACCUUAGUGAUAACAACAUAUCUGGGCCAAUUCCAAAUUAUUUUUCCAAUUACACUCAGCUUACAGAGUUGCACUUAGCUGAUAACAAAUUCAGUGGCUUCAUACCACCUGAGUUGGGAAAGAGAACAGCUCCUGUUGUAUUGAGUUUGUUCAUGAAUAAUCUUGUAGGUUCCAUUCCUCGAGAUAUGAAUCUAACUAAGAUGGAAAAGUUCAUGAUAUCUGACAACAUGCUCUCUGGUCCUUUACCAAACAACAUUUGUGACUCUGGUAUUCUUACACAUUUCAUUGUCGGUCAAAAUUUCUUCUCUGGCCAUGUGCCAAAGAGCUUGAAAAACUGCAGCAGCUUAGUCAGAGUGCGGCUUGAAAAUAACCAAUUGACCGGAAACAUCUCUGAGGAUUUUGGGAUAUAUCCGGAGUUGGAUUAUAUGGAUUUAAGUUACAAUAAGUUCUAUGGUGAGGUGUCUAGCAACUGGGGGUCCUGUCCUAAUUUAACUAGCUUAAAGAUAUCCAACAACAAUUUGUCUGGAAUAAUAUCUUCCAGGCUAGGAGGAGCAACAAAAUUAGUCCAGCUUAAUCUUUCAUCAAAUCACUUGGUUGGUGAAAUCCCAAUGAGUUUUGAAAGAUUAAGCUCAAUGGUGAACUUGUACUUGGAUGACAAUAAGCUGUCAGGUACUUUUCCUUCGGAGUUGGGUAAUCUGUACAACAUAGAAGAACUGAACUUAGCACAAAAUUUUCUUACCGGGCCAAUCAGUGAAAAAUUAGGAGAAUGCUUAAAGUUAAGGCUGUUGAACUUAAGCAGUAAUAAACUUGAGGGAGUUAUUCCUGUUCGCAUUUCCAAGUUGGAAAAGUUAGAAUCCCUUGACCUCUCUCACAAUAAUUUGACUGGAAAUAUACCACCACAGCUUGGGGGUUUGACAGUUGUACAAUUGUUGAACCUCUCUCACAAUAACCUCACAGGCUCUAUUCCUUCAAGUUUCACUGCAAUGUUAAGUUUAACCACAGUCGAUGUAUCUUUCAAUCAGUUAGAGGGCCCACUUCCAAAGAUGCGAGCAUUUGAUGAUGCUCCAAUGGAGGCACUUGGACAUAACAAAGGGUUGUGUGGAAAUAACACAGGAUUAGCCUGUCCUGUCCAGCAAGGAAACCGAAGUGAUAAAAAGAAGGCUUCGGUUGUGAUUCUGAUCAUACUUCCUACACUGGGAUUUAUGUUGCUUGUGGUUUUUAUUGUUUUCAUAUAUUGCUACCUCCAUAAAAGAAACCUAAAUGUAACCUUUAGGCCACAGGAAACAGAAGCAAGACCUUUUACCAUUUGGAGCUAUGAUGGGAAAAUGGUGUAUGAGAGAAUUAUUGAAGCCUUGGAGGACUUUGACUCGAAGCAUGUUGUUGGAGUUGGUGGAUAUGGAACUGUUUACAAAGCAGAAUUGUCAUCUGAAGUUUUUGCGGUGAAAAAUAUUCACGCACAAGAAGAUGGUGAGGUGCAAAAUCUCAAGAGUUUUGAAAAUGAAAUCCGAGCUUUGACGGAAAUACGUCACCAGAACAUAGUCAAACUCUACGGAUUCUGUUCACAUUCACGUCACUCAUUUUUGGUGUAUGAGUUCUUGUCCGGAGGGAGCUUAAGGGACGUACUGAAUCACAUGGAACAAGCUGUUGAAUUUGACUGGAUGAAAAGGGUGAAUACUGUUAAAAGUAUUGCAAAGGCCUUAUCAUAUAUGCACCAUGAUUGUUCACAACCAAUCAUCCAUAGGGACUUAUCAAGCAACAAUAUUUUAUUCGAUUCCGAUUGGGUUGCCCAUGUGUCUGAUUUUGGCACUGCCAGGCUAUUAAAACCAGACUCGUCAAACUGGACUUCUUUUGCCGGGACGCUUGGUUACAUUGCUCCAGAACUUGCAUACACGAUGGAAGUGAAUGAGAAGUGUGAUGUUUACAGCUUUGGGGUACUAACACUAGAAGUUAUAAUUGGUCAGCAUCCCAGAGAUCUCCUCACACUGUUACAAGACACGAAAGGCAUAUCUCAUACUGAUCUUCUGGACCAACGCCUUCCUCCGCCUGUGCAAGAAGUUGCUCAGCAAGUGGAAAAACUUGUUGAGGUUGCAAUCUCGUGCGUGCAGAAGAGCCCUCAGUAUAGGCCAUCAAUGAAGGAUAUUACUCUGGACCUCUCAGUAGAGACGUGUGCAGCCAAAAGGAACAAGAUCUCUACCUGAACCUUGGAGAGGAAUCUUUGCUUCAAAUCUUUAUUACUACCUACUUAAUGUUAUAUAGUAUGUUUGUUUUCACGUUAUAAAUUACCUUACAUAAUUUGUUGUUGUUCUCUAUUCUAUGUAUUUUUUAUUAGUAUAUGGACUUUGUGUGCGUACGUACAUUCAGUUGUUGAGAAAUCGAAUCAUAUCAACAUUCAUAG